UUCCAAAGCCUCCAAGUUUGGCGGAACAGCCACCGCGCCUCAUCAAUACAAGCGAGGGUCUGGACCUGAACAUUACGUGCAAAUCAUUUGAGCUUCCUCGACCAGUUAUCACGUGGUACAAAAAUGAUGAUCUGGUGAUACGUCACAACGUCAUGUCGUACAGAGGAGUGUCAACACUGAUGCUACGUUCGAUUGUCCCGGAUGACGAAGGGAGGUAUUGGUGCCAAGUGAACAGUUCCCUUGGGAAAGUGGCCUCAAGUGGAACUAGUGUUACAGUUUUCACGCCACCAAGAUUCCUCCAGGGUCCGUCCAACCAAAACGUCACAGUGGAAGAUAAGCUAACUCUGACGUGUCAGGCAUCAGGUUAUCCUCUUCCUUUGAUUGGCUGGAGGAGGAAUGGUGAAGAUUUGGGAACAGGAAUUUACGCUCCACUACCACGUGACUUAAAAGAAAAUAAYGUCGUACCGUUUGUAUCAGCAWCAUCAUCAUCAUCAUCAUCGUUUGAAUUCUCGACAUUCAAAUCAGCUUCAUCAUCAUCACCAGCAUCCAACAUCUCAACACUUCAAUUCUCACCAUCAGCGUCACCGUCAUCAUCAGUAACAGCAGAAUCAACACAAUUGUCAACUACAUCAUCACAAUCAUCAUUAUCAUCCUUAUCAUUAUCAUUACAGUCAUUGCAAAACACAAGCACACUUUCCACUAAAACAAGUCUAUCAUCCUCAACAUCGUCACUAUCAUCAUUAUCAUCAUCAUCAUUAUCACCAUCAUCACCAUCAUCAUUAUCAUCAUCAUCACUAUCAUCGUCACCAUCAUCAUUAUCAUCUGAGAACUCAAACAUUUCACAAACAAUCAACCUUUUUUCAAAAACACAACAGAUAUCACUUUCUCCGACUACCAAGCUCGAUAAACCGACAACAAUUUCUGAUACUCCGACGACAAUACCUAACACUGCUACGUUACCACUUGACACUGCGACGAUAAAACCCACAACCACGACAACAACGCCCGACAUCUCGUCGACAAUAAUUCCCAAACGACCGUUUAAUGGAUUAAUCAAGCAAGAUGGAUACAAGUCAACUUUGCACAUCAAGUCAACAGAGAUAACAGACCAAGCGAAAUAUCARUGUUACRCCAGCAAUGCACUCGGCAAUGUGAACUCUACUGUGGCGCUUGUUUUAGUYCGUAUUCAAGAGUCAAAAGAACYUCGUUUUGAUGUCCAUCCCAAGAACACUUCCGUUCAUUUAGAAACAAAGGUGACACUGAACUGCACCGCCACAGGGAUCCCAACUCCUAAAAUCACRUGGUACAAAGACAACAAGUUGGUCACGCCAGACGGUAGAGUGUCUAUAACAGUGGUCAAAGGAAUGAGCUCAUUGCUAAAGAUAUCGUCAGUGUCACGUCCCGAUCAGGGCCUGUAUCUUUGCAGAGCGACAAACAAGCUUGGGUCUGUUGAGUCUGCUGUAGCCUUUCUCUACGUCAUAGAUCUUCCAGGUGCGAGAGUGGGUCCGUCAAACACUAAGACCCAAGUAGUUUUAUGGUCGACGGUUGGUUCCCUUAUGUUCUUGGGCGUUGUCAUAGUGAUGAUAGCU